AUGGGAGCGAACGAUAUCACGAUUCUCCUUUGGAUUUCAGUUACGCCUGGCUGCUUUUCUUGUCUGUACAGGAACAUACUAAGUGUAAAUAACAUUUUCGUAUGUUUAUGGUUUUGUUCAAGAAACAAAUUUCAGACUGAAGUAGAUAAUGUAUCGCUAGGUAAUAGGAAUGUUAAAAGUUAUUUACACAAAGCGAUCGUAAAAAAUUUGUGUUAUUGA